AUACAUAAACUACAACAUUUGGAUAACAUGAAGUGUCCGAAAGAAACCUUUGUGUUUUCUCUUAUUCUUGUUAUGUUAAAUAUGUUUUUGAGUACAAAGUGCUUCGAUCAUCACUCGCCUAGACAGAAAUGUGAUCAACUAGUUGAGUUGUCUCCGAGCUACUGUUUGAGUUGGAGGCUAGCUAUAGAGACAAACAAUAUACAUGGGUGGCGUACGGUUCCAGUCCAAUGUAUCCAUUAUCUUGAGGUAUACAUGCUCGGCGGGCAAUAUGAUUCGGAUCUUAAUUUGGUUUUAGAACAGAUAAUUAGUUACAUUGACGAAAUAGAUCUAUUUGAAGAUGGAUUUGAUGCUUGGAUCUUAGAUGUUGAUGAUACAUGCCUUUCAAAUAUCUUUUACUAUGAAGGCAAACGAUUUGGAGGUGACCCAUACGACCCACGUGCAUUUAAGGAAUGGGCAUCAAGAGGCUUGUGCCCGGCGAUUCUUUCAACCCUACAAUUAUUUCAUAAGUUGAUUCAACGUGGUUUUAAGGUGUUUUUGAUCAGUGGUAGGGACGAAACGACAUUAGGACAACCCACUAUUCAUAAUCUUCACCUUCAAGGGUUCUUUGGCUUUGAACAACUCAUUCUAAGGGGUGAAGCAUAUAAAGGACAAAGUGGUAUUGUUUACAAAUCAGAAAUAAGAAGGAAGUUGGUGGAACAAGGGUAUAGAAUAUGGGGAAAUGUAGGUGACCAAUGGAGUGAUCUUCAUGGUCAAUUUGUUGGCAAUAGAACUUUUAAACUUCCAAAUCCUAUGUAUUUUGUACCGUAAAUAACAAUAUCUUUUAUCA